UGCUCAAGAAAGGGCAGUCGUCGCGGGGCCGGCCACUUCCGCACUUCCGCUUUCCGGCCCAGCCAGCGCCCGCGAUGACUGCCACUCUCCGCCCCUACCUGAGUGCCGUGCGGGCCACACUGCAGGCUGCCCUCUGCCUGGAGAACUUCUCUUCCCAGGUUGUGGAACGACACAACAAGCCAGAGGUGGAAGUUAGGAGUAGCAAAGAACUCCUAUUACAGCCUGUUACCAUCAGCAGAAAUGAGAAAGAAAAGGUGCUGAUUGAGGGCUCCAUCAAUUCUGUCCGGGUCAGCAUCGCUGUGAAACAGGCUGAUGAGAUUGAGAAGAUUUUAUGCCACAAGUUCAUGCGCUUUAUGAUGAUGAGAGCAGAGAACUUCUUUAUCCUUCGAAGGAAGCCAGUGGAGGGCUAUGACAUCAGUUUUCUGAUCACCAACUUCCACACAGAACAGAUGUACAAACACAAGUUGGUGGACUUUGUGAUCCACUUCAUGGAGGAGAUAGACAAGGAGAUCAGUGAGAUGAAGCUGUCAGUUAAUGCCCGUGCACGUAUAGUGGCUGAGGAGUUUCUCAAAAAUUUUUAAACCAUCUGGCUGGAUCUCGCGGCCUACCCCCUCAGCCUCUCCCUGUGUCUCUGCGAAAGCAUCCUGGAGUCACUCCCCAGAGCGGCAACGGCAACAGCGGCAGCAGAAGCGGGGAGCUGGGUCGGGUGGGCACUAGAUGCGGGAGGGGGGUGGUGUGCUUGCUAGCUGGGCAAGAAAGCAGCAGUGGACCUGCCCCAAGGCCACACGUGCCUGGUCAGGCUGGCUUCUGAUGUUCAGUCCCCUGGGCUGGGACAGAUUUUUUUUAACGUCUUGAAACUUAAACUUUGUGCUUGUAGGAGACUGUAACCUUUUUGUCUUUUUUUUUUUUUUAAACAAACAACCUCCACCUCCAGUGGCUGUGACUGGUCCCAGUGAUUGUACCUUAUUGGUCGCUGUGGGUCUGGGCGGGCCUGGAGCCAGAAGGCGACUACUUUUUCUCCCCUGUGCUACCCCAGGUGGGGAGAGAGGGAGGUUUUAGACUCCAGUUUCUCUCCAUUGCUCUCUUAAUCCCAAGCCUCCUUGGGCCCAGUAGAAGUGGUGGGAACCUUCUAUGAGCUUCCUGAGCUCUGCCUGAAGAUGGCCUCCCAGCAUUCAAUGGGGACAAGGGCUGAAUCCAUGAGUACCAGCCAUACCUAGGAGCUGGAGCCCAAAAGCCAGGCAACUUCUGGCUGCAUGGGGCCGCUUGGUGCCCUUCCAGCUGAGAGGGGCCACUGUCAUGCUUUGUCUCAGUGCAGUGCCUGUGCUAGAGGUGUGGAGAGGUAAGUCCUCCUCCAGAGCUCCCCCUGGGCCCUCUCCGCCUGCUCUGGCUCCUCUGCUCCCACACGCUCGGUUUCUUUUCUGAUUCUAGUGGAUCCUCCCACCCCUGAUUAAAGUCUCUUCUUGCCCUUUUGGGGCUGCAUGAGGUC